CGGGGGCGGGGGCGGGGGCGGGGACGGGGGCUCUGGCCGCCUGGCUCCAACAUCAAGCACCGGGUUCCGAGUGGCCGGGAUCAGCGCCCCGAGGCAGAGGCCGGAGGGCGCGCGCACUGCUAGGAAGUGCUGGUCCCCCGCGCCGCUUUGCCUGCUUGGUCCCCCGGCAGACGCCCCUGCACGAUCGCUGCUCGCCCCGCGGGCGAGGCUGCGGUGGACAGCGCGGGGCUCCGGCUGGCUCGCCUUCCCGCCUGGCGUGUCCUGCUGAGCGACCCUGGAGUACACAUCCAGAUGCCAGCCCAGCUACCACAGGGGAUCCCUCUGGGAGACUGAAAGUACAGGUUCUGGGGCCCAGGUUGAGGCCGACCAACCCUGAGCCUCAGGCCAGGGGAAUGGCAGCCCCCUUGGAGCCCCAGGACCAGGCCCCUGGGGAGGGAGAAGGGCUUCUGAUUGUGAAAGUGGAAGAUUCCUCCUGGGAACAGGAAUCUGCCCAGCAUGAGGAUGGCAGGGAUUCCGAAGCCUGCCGCCAGCGCUUCCGGCAAUUCUGCUACGGGGAUGUGCAUGGGCCUCAUGAGGCCUUCAGCCAGCUCUGGGAGCUCUGCUGCCGCUGGCUGCGGCCCGAGCUGCGUACCAAGGAGCAGAUCCUGGAGCUGCUGGUGCUGGAGCAGUUCCUGACAGUGCUGCCAGGGGAGAUCCAGGGCUGGGUGCGUGAGCAGCACCCGGGAAGCGGUGAGGAGGCUGUCGCCUUGGUGGAGGACCUACAGAAGCAGCCAGUGAAAGCCUGGCCACAGGAUGUGCCCUCGGAGGAGGCGGAACCCGAGGCUGCAGGCCGGGGAUCCCAGGCCACGGGGCCUCCCCCGACGGUGGGGGCACGGAGGCAGCCAUCUGUUCCCCAGGAGCAGCACAGCCAUAGUGCCCAGCCUCCUGCUCGUCUUAAAGAGGGGCGUACCGGAGAGACGACGGACACCUGCUUUGUCUCUGGGGUCCAUGGACCUGUGGCAUUGGGAGACAUCCCAUUCUAUUUCUCCCGGGAAGAAUGGGGCACCCUGGACCCUGCUCAGCGGGAUCUCUUCUGGGACAUAAAGCGGGAGAACUCCCGGAACACCACCCUGGGUUUUCGGCUCAAAGGCCAAAGUGAGAAGUCCCUGCUGCAGGAGGUGGUGCCGGUGGUGCCAGGCCAGACAAGCAGCGACGUGACUGUGUCCUGGAGCCCCGAGGAGGCUGACGCCUGGGAGAGCGAGAACCGGCCGAGGGCGGCCCUGGGCCCAGUGGUGGGCGCGCGACGGGGGCGGCCACCCACUCGCCGGCGCCAGUUCCGGGACCUGGCAGCCGAGAAGCCGCACAGCUGCGGGCAGUGUGGAAAGCGCUUCCGCUGGGGCUCGGACCUGGCGCGGCACCAGCGCACGCACACGGGCGAGAAGCCACACAAGUGCCCUGAGUGCGACAAGAGCUUCCGCAGCUCCUCGGACCUGGUGCGCCACCAAGGCGUGCACACGGGCGAGAAGCCCUUCUCCUGUUCCGAGUGCGGCAAGAGCUUCAGCCGCAGCGCCUACCUGGCCGACCACCAGCGCAUCCACACGGGCGAGAAGCCUUUCGGCUGCAGCGACUGCGGCAAGAGCUUCUCGCUGCGCUCCUACCUGCUGGACCAUCGGCGUGUGCACACCGGUGAGCGGCCCUUCGGCUGUGGAGAGUGCGACAAGAGCUUCAAGCAGCGCGCGCACCUCAUCGCGCAUCAGAGCCUGCACGCCAAGAUGGCCCAGCCCGUGGGGUGAGCAGCUGGCUUGGCCGGAAACACGGGGGAGGCCCAGCCACGGCACAUCCUGCUUUGUUCACCACUGGGACUCUCCUUCCAUCUGUGGCCACCUUCCGGGCUGUCCGAGGGACCCCAGGGUAUCUCACACUCGGAGCUCGCCUGCCCUGCUUGGCUCUGAGGACCUGCCCAGCACUCAAAGGGAACGGAAGCCUUCCCCUCCCGCCCCCGAUCUUGUCCUCUUUCCCCCUUCUGCACCUAGCGUUUCUCUUCCCCUCUAGUUUCCUGGAGCCCCAACACAUUCCUGGCAGGGACAGCAGGGUGGCAAGGACUCAGGUCUAGGUCCCUUCCCAGAAGCCCCCGAGCCUCAUUUGACUGUGUGGCUCUUUGGCCCCCGCCCUGUGGGGUGGGUCCAUGGGUCAGGCCUCUGCCCUGCCAACCUGUGCCUUUCAGUGGGCGUGGAGGACUGGCCUUGGCCCCCCAGGGGGCUGCUGGACUUUGGGAGAGACAGCCCACACCUGUGGGACCGCGGGUCUUAGUCACGGCGGCAGGGGCUUUCUGGCCCCCUCCCACUCCCGUUUCCAGGCCAUGACCACUCUGCCCUGUCCUGGCCACACGGACUCGGCCUGCCUUUGCCCUCGGCCUACUUGCCCUAGCAUGAGGCUCUGAGAGCCACCUGCCCACCAAUCUGGUGAGGCUAAUGGUGGCUGCAGCGACAGGAGGCCAACCCUGGAGACCAAGAACAGGGCGCCUGGCUGCCAUCUUUUCCUCCAGAGGUGCGGCUGCACCAGACUCAGCACUAGCACCCCAUCAGCACUAGCACCCCACUCCAUCGGCACUAACGCCCCACUCCAUCGCUCCCGGCACCCUGCUCCAUCGGCACUGGCGCCCUGCUCCAUCGCUCCCGGCACCCUGCUCCAUCGGCACUGGCGCCCCGCUCCAUCGCUCCCGGCACCCUGCUCCAUCGGCACUGGCGCCCCGCUCCAUCGCUCCCGGCACCCUGCUCCAUCGGCACUGGCGCCCUGCUCCAUCGCUCCCGGCACCCUGCUCCAUCGGCACUGGCGCCCCACUCGGCGCCCCACUCUAUCAGCACUAAUGCUCCACUCCAUCGGCACUAACGCACCCACUCCAGCGGCACUAAUGACCCACUCCUUUGGCAUUGGUGCCCCACUCCAUCAGCACUAACGCCCCACUCCAUCGCUCCCGGCACCCUGCUCCAUCGGCACUGGCGCCCUGCUCCAUCGCUCCCGGCACCCCGCUCCAUCGGCACUGGCGCCCCACUCGGCGCCCCACUCUAUCAGCACUAAUGCUCCACUCCAUCGGCACUAACGCCCCACUCCAUUGGCACUAACGCCCCAACUCCAGCGGCACUAACGCCCUGCUCCAUCGGCACUGGUGUCCCACUCCACUGUCACUAACGUCCAGCUGCAUCGGCACUACCACCCCGCUCCAUCAUCACUACGUCCAGCUCCAACGGCACUGGCGCCCCAUUCUAUCGGCACCAACGCCCCGCUCCAUCCGCACCGGCGCCCGGCUCCAUCGGCACUAACGCCCAGCUCCACCGGCACCGGCUCCCGGCUCCACCGGCACCGGCUCCCGGCUCCAUCGGCACUAACGCCCCGCUUCAUUGGCACUUUGCUGCUGCCUCCUGAGCACUGCCUUCCAUGAACAGGGACAGACCAGAGGCCCUGCAAGGACUCCCCCACAGACCUCCAAAGGGCAACAGAAGAGUAUUAAUAAACGUGAAAACUUGC